AUGCGCGGAGUGAGGUGCCUGUGUCGAGAUGGCGGUGCUGGCCGCAGCCACCAACACACGAUUCGUGCCACUGGGUGCGAGGCUGUGGUGGCUAUGGACAGCCAUGCAAUCAUGCCGAGUUUACCAGAGCAACCAUCUGGAGGUUGUGCGACGGACACAGGGCGCCGUGGCGGGGGGAACAUGAUGAACUCCCUCUGUGAAGAGUGGGAGCUGCACCGCGAGGGGGAGAGCGCGCCUGAAACUGAAGAGGUUGCCCCGCGCGUAAGCUCGGGCGCGGGGCAGCUCGGGGCGCGACACUGGCGUCAUCUGUGA